AUGCACCUGACGCUGAGCUUCACGCCGACAAGUCUCACCGCAGCCCUGUGGGACGGGCUCGAGUCGGUCGUCGAGCUGUCGGCGGCGUUCCGCGUGCUCUCGUCGUCGUCUUCCUCUGACCAGCCGCUGUCGACCUCGGCGCAGCUCCAAGCCCUCGACACGACGCUCUACAAGCUCGCGCAGCACGCCGACCUGGGCGCCGUCUCCACAAUCAGCGGCACGGUCCCGCAUCCGACGUAUCUCGCCCUCGCCCCAGGCUUCGAGUGCACCCUCGCGCGCCUCGACCCGACGCUGCCGCUCGGCGCCCAGCAGCUGCCCGACAUGCCCAUCGCCGACCUCUUCACGGGCACCAUCGCCACCCCCAUCGCCAGCCCGGGCGCGCAGCCCGACCCCGCCCCGCUCGGCCGGUUCCUCACCUCCCUCCUCCUGCAGCGCUCCGGCGCCGCAACGGCGCAGGAACGCUCCCUGUCGGCGUCCUUCGCCUCGGCCGAGAUCCGCUCCAAGGUCGCCGGCGCCGCGGAGGCGCUGGGGCCAGUCGGGACAUACUGGCGCGAGCGGUACGGCCUGGCCCGCGCGCGCGUUUUGCCAUGCGACCUGGUGGUCAUUCACACGCGUGACAUCGACUACGCCGCGCUCUGCACCGACGCCGACGCGGGGCUGCCAGAGCUCGUCGGGCCCGGCGCCGUGGCCGUGCUCGCCGACGCCAACGCGCCCGCCGCGCGCCUGGCCGUGCGCGACAAGUACGCCAACGCGAAAUGGGACGUGCUCGCCCAUCUCGCGGGUAUACUGCCUCCUGGCGGCGGGGUGGGGCACGACGAUAAGUGCUUUGCGUUUGUCCGGCCGUACCCCGCCCGCUGCGGGGCAUACCCCGGCACGACGCGCUUCGAGCACGGCGCCGUCGUGUCCGAGUUUCGUGACCUGCGCGCCAACUCGAGGUGUGUCCUCGAGAGCCACGUGCUCCAGCUAGCCCGCGACGUCGCGCCCUUCGGCACCGUCUCGCGCGUGGUCCUCGUCUCAAGAGACCUCGAGUAG